CGACUAUUCCACUCCUUUGUCCUCGUCCCAAUAGGCGUCGUCGUCGUCCUUCUCUACCUCUACGGCGUCCACAGAGUCAUAAUCCUCACAACAGUAAACUUCCCCGCCUCCGUCGUCUGCAUGCUCCUCCUCUUCCUCCUCCUCCUUCUCAUCGACUCCACCCUCGGUCCCCGCCGCACAGCCAUCUUCUCCCGCAUAAUCGACGUGCCGCUCGGUUUCGCGCUCCGAUGGAUAAACACCUUCUUCACCCCUUCCUUCGUCACUCUACCCUUAUCCCCCGCCGUCGGCGGCGCCGAGGUCGGCAAGAUCGCUGCGGUCUUCAUUCUCGGAUUCGUAGUCACUAUGGCAAUCACCGCAUACAUGGUCGUCUUUCUCCAGCGCCUGUUUGGAACCUCGAAACGCGCAAUCACCGAGCGCGCGGAAGAAGUACCCCCGCACUCUGCCCACGACAACAGUCUCGAUCUGACCCAGUCCAUCGAGCUCGACGUGCUCGAGCCCGCGACGACAACAACAACACACCUGCCGCCGUCGCCAAUCGACAUCACGCCGACACAGAUCGCGCCUCCGCAGCCGGCAGCUUCGGCAUCUCAUUCGUCGCCUAGGCGUGCGCGGGAAGUACCUUUCCCGACCGCCAGCAUCGCAAAUCAGACUUCCGAAUCCGAUACAGCGUCUACAGUAGGCUCCACGCAGCAGCAGCAGGUAGCUGCAUUUUUCUCCAUCGGCGAACCUAGUCCGCGGGCGCAGUUCUUUGCAAACUGGAUCACGCAGUACCUCGACACAUUUCUCUACAUCACCGUCUUUCUGUGCGUCGGCCUGCCGCUCCAUUUUGCAAUCAACUACUCGCUGAUCGCCUACAGCACCUUCACGAUUCUAAUGUUAUUCUUCGGCCUGCGACUGCCGCCUAAAGUCCGCCGGUUCAUCCAUCCGAUCUUCACCUGCUCGGCUUUCACGAUUUUCGGAAUCUACGUCAUGGCGACUGCCAACCACCAGACUUUGGACGACGGGCUGGAUCAGUACAGUACCGGUCGGACGUAUCUCUACUUAUUCGGAGUGCCAAAGUACUACGGCGUUCGCCCCGGCGCCGGAGAUCUGAUGAAGACAAUGCUCGACGUCAGCAUCGUGUCGCUCGCGCUGCCAAUGUACCGCUACCGCGGCGACCUCAAGAAACAUUUCCUGGUGAUUAUAAUCCCCAACAUCGUCAUCGGCCUCAUCACGUUCUUCGCCUACCCUCCCCUCUGCUACGCCAUCGGCAUCUCCGCCGAACGCAGCAUCGCCUUCAUCGGCCGCAGCGUGACCCUCGCGCUCGCACUCCCGGUAAUCCAAGCCCUCGGCGGCUCGCAAUCGCUCGUCGCCGUCGUCGCGAUCCUGAGCGGCAUCGUCGGCGUCUUGAUUGGCGGGUACAUUCUCAAGCUGCUGCGCAUCCGCGAGGACGAUUACCUGACGCGCGGAAUCACGCUGGGCAUCAAUUCGUCGGCGGUCGCGACCGCGCAUCUGCUCACGAUCGAUCCGCGCGCGAGCGCGCUUAGUAGUCUGAGUUUUGUGGUGUUUGGCACGACUAUGAUUAUCUUGAGUGCGAUCCCGCCGAUCGUGACUGUGAUGAAGAACAUGGUUGGUUUGUAA